CCACAGCAGACUUUAAAGCAGGAGCCGGAAGCCCCACCCCACUCCAGCCCCUCAGAGUCUCCCCUUCUGAGGGUUCCUGUCCUUCUGUUCUGGAAGAGGAAGUCAGCAGAGAAACCACAGGGCCCCACCUGCAAGGGACUGAUGAGAAAGGAAGUAAGACAGGUGUGAGGUCUGGGUGGGACGGGGGGGGGUUCAAACCACAGAGUUUCAAUGUUGAGGAGAACAUGGCCCAGGAGGGGGCAGGGCACAGAGGGUUGACUGAGGGGCCCCUGGACCCAGAUGUGUGGCCACCAAGACCACAGAUGGCUGCUGGCAGACCAGGGCUAGACUCCCAAGCUCAGCUGCUCACUGCAGCCUUGGGCAAGGUGUCCUCAUUGGGACAGGGACUCAUGGGGUCCCAAAGGAGAGCACCUGGAAAAGUGCCAUUGAUGAAGCCCCCGCCCUCAUCCCUUCCCGCCUUAGAGCUGCAGGCCAAGGCUGCGGAGCUGCUCGGGGUGGAGCGGACCCUGUUUGUGCCCACAAACACCAUGGCCAACCUCAUCUCUGUGAUGUGUCACUGCCGGCGCCGGGGCUCCCAGCUCCUCCUCGGGCAGGAAUGCCACCUCCACGUCUAUGAGCAGGGCGGGGUGGCUCAGAUCGCAGGGGUGCACUCCCACCCCCUCCCAGACCUGCCCCAUGGCACCCUGGACCUGGCUGAGCUGGAGCGGCUGAUCACACGGGGCCUUGGGAGCCCCUACCACCCGGUCUGUGAGCUCAUUUGCCUGGAGAACACCCACAGCAGCUCCGGGGGCCGGGUCCUCCCCAUCAAAUACCUCCGCCAGGUGCACCUGCUGGCCCGGAGCUACGGGGUCCGGGUCCACCUGGACGGGGCCCGGUUGAUGAAUGCCGCGGUGGCUCUGCGUGUGCCCCCUGCUCGCAUCGUGGAGCACUGUGACUCUGUGUCUCUCUGUUUCUCCAAGGGCCUUGGUGCACCAGUUGGGGCCCUGGUUGGGGGACCCAAGGACUUCAUUGAAGAUGCCUGGCGCCUCCGGAAAGCCCUGGGUGGGGGGAUGCGCCAGGCGGGCGUGCUGGCCGCGGCUGCCCUGGUGGGACUGGCUGACACUGAGGAGGUGCUGCUGAGGGACCACCAGAAUGCCCAGAGAUUUGCCAAAGGGCUCCAGGAACUGGCGUCGCCCGUCUGCUCCGUGGACACCCCCGUGGAAACGAACAUGGUGAUGGUGAGGGUGGACGGGCUGCCGCCCGAGGAGCUGUGCCGGCGCCUGCAGGCCGUGAGCGCCGACGAGGUGGCCCAGACCGGCCACGCGGUGCACGUGCUGCUGUUCCCCUGGACCAAGCGGUCAGUGCGUGCCGUGUGGCACCGCGACGUCUCGGUGCAGGACACUGAACUGGCGCUGAGGAAGUGGGCGUUUGUGCUCAGGCAGCUGGGGCCCUGAGGACAGGGUGAUGGACCCUGUCUGUGCCCUGGCUGGGGUGGAGGUGGGGAGUGGAGGUGUCCCCAGGGAGCGGGCAGAGAAGAGGCAGUGAAACAACACCCCCGUUAACGGCUGGUCUCCUUGGGCCCCUUCACUUCCCAUGACACUGGGGGUGAGGCCUUUCAUCUGUUCUUCUAGCAAACCCCAAGUGCCCCUGUGUCCGGGACAGGGGCCAGAGCACGCAGGGCCAGGCGGGACCCCAUGCUGGCCCCUUCCACAGCCCAGGGGGCAGCAUGUGGCUCAGGAGAAGCAUCUUGUGCUCGGGGACACACAGGAGGAAGCGUGAGAGGACAUCAGAAAGGGACACUGGUGCUGGGUGGCGGGGUUGGGGGCUGGGGCCUUAUCCUGCAAUCACCUAAUGUGUAUUUACCUUUUUAAACAAUACAAUGUUUGCUUACAAAA